AUGGAACAAUUAAUAAGGUUACCAUUUUCAUCAAUCACUGGUGCUCUCGAAUAUCAAGCUCAAACAAGACCAGAAAAGAAUGCUAUACUCUAUCCUGAUCCAAAUACAAACUCAACAGAAUAUGCAUCUCUUACGUACAAACAAUAUAAGAAUAUUACCGAUCAUCUAGCGAUAAAAAUUUCAAAAUAUUUACCACCUUCUUCAUCAUCGGAGGUAACAGUUACAUGUGGUCUUUUGGCAGCUGAUGAUAUAGGGCAUCUAUUAUCUCAGUAUGCAUUAUUAAAACUUCCCAAUGUUAUUAUGUUUCCGAUUGCAGUCGGAAAUUCCCAAGCAGCAAUAGAACAUUUACUAAAAGAAACGAAGACAACUCUUUUACUGACAACAUCUCGAUAUCUGCCAAUGAUUCAAAUAAUUCAAGAGCAACAAGAAUUCCAAUCCUUGAAAGUUCUACUUUUGGAUAGUGAUGAAUUUAACAUUGAACACUUAUUACAGAAAAAAGAUGUGGAAUGUACCAUCGUGUCAGAUGUUAUUCCAGUGAAGAAAAAGGAUGAUGAAGAAUUUGAUAAAAUAGUCAUAAUUCUUCAUAGGUAA